GAGCGGCCGUCCUCUUGGUUCUGUUCCGUUCUUUUCCUCAGAAAGUUGAAACCAAUACCGAACCGAAGUUGAACCAGAACGAGAUGGCAGGGACAACUACUGGCGAGAGUCCAAGGAACGAGACUAGGAUCGAGACCGAUGAACUGAUCGAACUGGAGAUGACCAUCAACAACGAAGAAGAAGAUGGAGAUGGAGAUGGAGAUGGGGGAGAAGGAGAAGAACAAGAUACUAGCAACCAACAACUCGUCAAGCCACCAAGAAGACCACCCACAUUCGAGGCAGCCUUCAGUCAAGCCAGAUCACUCACCAACCAUGGCAGGGUAAACUACCAGCAGGCACUCAUCAACAAUAACCACUCAAGCAGAGGAUCACUCGACAGUCUGGCACUACUACCACCACCACCACCACCACCAGCCCAAGCAGAGAACAACCUACAAUCACUACGACCAACUAAUAGCAGCAUCGAACAACUCCAUCUCACUCUCCCUGGCCAGCACGACCCAGAUACUCACUUCCUCACCAGUCUCGUCGACUCAGAAACAACAGCCGACCAACUCAUCUUCAGCCCUCAUCAUCAGCAACUCUCACUCUCACCACCAACCGACUCACUCCUACCCAUCCCACGCAGCCCAUCACCCCUCCUGGAUGAACCUAACUCCAGUCCACCGGGACUCUACGGUAGCAGUCCUCCACCCGACCGAUCACCAUCCCAUGAGAGCCCUCCCCCGAGCCCACCAGCACCCAGGACGGUCCGCGUCUCCCCUCCCAAGAACCCCACUGGACCACCCCGGCCACCCCCACUCAAACUAUGUCUACCCCCUCGCCCCCGUCGUCCGGCCAUCGAAACCUCGCAAACCCCGUACAACUCACCCGCCGGCUCGAACCCAUCCACACCACUAAUUAGCACAUCCAAUCUCAGACCGGUUUCUAACCAAUCCAACCUACUUAAACGUACCUUGCCAUCUUCCUCAACAGACCAACAUCAAAACCAAAACCAAAACCAAAACCAAACAACGACAGCCAAGAAACAGAAAAUCAAUCCCCUCUUCCUCGUCUCCUCUACCUCUAAAACCCCAGCCGAAAACGAGAAACUUAAGGCCUGGAAACGUAUCCAAUUGCUUCGCGCUCAACGUGAUCAGCCUCAACAUCUUUCUUCUUCUGGCUCUACUUCGAAAAACUCAGAGGAACUCGAACGGCUAGAGAAAUCGACAAAUAGCAACUCAUUAGGAGACACCCUAUCUAGUGCGAUCCAAUUAAGAAAUCAAGCCCAAGAGUAUCUCGACUUGAUCCAGAAGACACAAGAUGCACUAGGGGAAGAAUUAGUACGAGUGCAAUUGGAGGAGAGUGUUUUAAGACACGUCCGAGGGAUCAUCGCCGACCGAUUGAUCAAGAAUCAGGAAUGGAACAACCAAAACUCAUAGACUAAGACUACAUUUUUACUCUGUCGCUCCGUCUCGUCUUUCAUCGAUCCCAUGUAUCAUUGGCCUUCCUCUUUCACUCAAUCGUACAUGUAUAACUUCAAAUUUCCUAAUCCAUCAAUCUCCGCUUUAUUAUUAUUACUAAUUAUCUACCCAUACAAUUCGCCCCCCGCCCCCACUCCCUCCCAAUAUAUGAAGAGGGUCUGUGAGUGACUUAAAUCCCAAGGGUACCUGUGACUUGCGGUCCACAUCAUAAAACCAUUCUUGUAUUCCUGGUUGUUAGACUGGUACAUCAUGUUUCAAAAAAAUUAAUCCAAUUGACCCAGACAAAAUCACAACAAUGAAAUAAAAAGAAUCAUGUUUGAUAACUUUGAUGAUCAAGAAGGAAUGAUUUUUAU